CUUUGUACUUCCGGGUCGCACGGUUCAGCUCAUCGAGCUAAUGUGAGCUAGCCGCCUUGUUGUAACGUCAAUAGUUUAUCUAAGAAGAAACAAACGCUGUCUUGUCGGGAAACUGGAGUACAACUGCUUAGGUUGUUUAAAGUCUCUGUGGCCACUAUGCAUGGACAAUGAUAAUGACAUCUCAAACAAGGAAUGUGGAUGGGAAACUUUUGCUAAAAGGUAACUGCACUUUCAAGUCAUUCCUUGGCAUCUCCCUGGAGUGGUGAAGCUGUUGCUGUUUCCCGACACUAUCCGUCAUGUCAUUACCAAAGGAGUCAGGAAACCGAGGGAAAGAUCGAGAGAGGGGAGCCCGUCCCAAGGUGAGACAAAGUCGGUCAGAGGAGAGACGAGAUGCAGGUAGUGGACGGAAAGGUGGAAAGGGGAAGAAAAAAGGUCUUGCCUCCCAUGAACCAGCCGCUGAGAGGCCUGUCAGUGAUGGCUUUGAGUAUGGCGAGUUGUUGAGUGAACUGGAGACCAGGGACCAAUCUUCCUCCUCUCCUCUGAGGGAGAGUUGGAGAUGGCAGGGAUUGGAAGUUGCUGCCUCGUUGCUAGGACAAGAACGAGUAACAGCCAGGCCCGGUCUGGGAACAGUUAGCUCUUCUGCAGAGUUACCAGCAGCUGGUGAAGGUGAGGGCAGAGGGUCAAGCAGCAGUCGCACUCUCAGGCAAAAAAUCCAAGAUGCAAUGGGGCAGUGUUUCCCAAUAAAGACACACAGCGCUACGGCACCAGCUCCACCUCCACAGGCUCUUUCAUCGUCAACUGCCUGUGCCUCCUCGAGGCGCAAGAUCCAUCUCAGUGAAUUGAUGUUGGAUGACUGCCCUUUCCCUGUAGGAUCAGAGCUGGCUCAGAAGUGGUAUCUCAUUAAGCAACACACGGCCCCCAUUACCCAGCCUCCCCUGCUGGAUUCCGCAGUAGUGUGCAGUGCCCCAACUUCAGCAAUGACUACUGUGGUGGAGGACGUGGAUGACAGGCUACGAGAGCGCAGGCGCAUCAGCAUCGAACAAGGCGUUGAGCCGCCACCCAAUGCAGAGAUCCACACAUUCGAAGUGACAGCCCAAAUUAACCCUCUCUACAAACAUGGCCCUAAGCUAGCGCAUGGUAUGAAUGAAUUAUCCGGGCCUGACAGAGCCUCUGCUCAUCAGCAACAGCAGCUUCUUCUCCAAAGACAGCAGCAGCACCAACUCCUACUUCAGAACUGCUUGGAUACUCUGGAUGAGGUGGUGGCCUCAGCGUCAGCAUCUGUGCACUCCUGUGACACUGUCUCCGACCCUUUGGUUGAUCCAGAGGUGACAGCGACCAACAUGACCUCUAGAGCCAUACUUCCUCAGACAGAGCAUCACAAAUCUCACGAUGGCUACCGCAUUCACACUCAGAUCGAUUACAUUCACUGUUUAGUUCCAGACCUGCUGCAGAUCACCAACCUCCCGUGUUACUGGGGCGUUAUGGACCGCUACGAGGCAGAGACGCUGCUGGAGGGAAAGCCCGAAGGAACCUUCCUCCUGCGCGACUCUGCUCAGGAAGACUACCUCUUCUCUGUCAGCUUCCGCCGUUAUGGCCGCUCGCUACACGCACGCAUUGAACAGUGGAACCACAAUUUUAGCUUUGAUGUUCACGACCCCAGUGUCUUCCAUGCUCCCACAGUUACAGGGUUGCUCGAGCACUACAAGGACCCCAACUCCUGCAUGUUCUUCGAGCCUCUUCUGUCCAACCCCAUCCACCGCACACAACCCUUCAGCCUACAGCACAUCUGCCGAGCGGUCAUAAGCAGCUGCACCACCUACGAUGGCAUUAACAUGCUUCCCAUUCCAAAUGCUUUAAAAAAGCACCUGAAAGAAUACCACUAUAAGCAGAGAGUACGUGUACGGCGAAUGGAUACCUGGUGGGAAUGAAGGACAAAACAAAAUGACUGCAAGAAACUACCAAAUACAUUUUUAAUGCAAGUCUCUGACUGGACAGAACAAUGAGUCUUGUUCUUAACUCUGUUGGCUGUUUUAACCUACGCUACACUGUAUGUAUUUAUUUUAUUCCUGCUGUACAUGUCUUAACAAUUUUACUAAACUACACUGACAAGGCAAUAUGUAAUCUCACUGAUCUUGCACACUCAGAGUUCUUUAUGCUCAAAUUAAACAAAGUUAUUUAGAUCUGUGGCAUUCAGAGAAGUAUCCUCACAUAUCAUCCGUGUUGUCAAGUGUGACUAAAUCAGCUUAAUUAUCUGACGAUGGAGGGAAGAGUCCUAGUGUGAAUCGAGAUGAUUAUAAUAGAGUUGUUCAUCAGUCACGUGCUGGGAAGGUGAAACACAUACUGACAAGGUUUCCUUCUUGUUACUGAGGUGUCGAAGUGUGGCUCGUCUGCAGCAUUAAUCAUUGUUCCCCAUAUUGAGCCUAGGGCUGACCAUACGGGGUGAGAUUUAGGUGCAUAUUUUACCUGGUCUUGUUAAAAAUGAAAAGGAUUGUCGCGCAUUGAAUGUCACGAUUAUGUGCUCACAUUGGUUUUUAGUUCUGUAGUUUCAUUUCAGGGAAAGAUGCAAAUUAAAGAGUGACUGAAGAUUCAGAAAACCUUGUUUGUGCUGACAUCCACUGGUUUAACUCCUCCCUUUGCUGCAGUGUAUGUAAGCGUACUGAAGGAUGUGUGAUACCACGACAGUAGAGUGGGUACUGGUGCAACAAAGCACACUUCUGGCCACGCCCAUUUGCAGCUAACGGUGGUACUUGAUGUGGUCGGAGGUGAAACAGACUUUACAUUUUGAACCAAAGACACCAUGGAUACACUGCCUUUCAGCUUGGUGCUCAUUUACACUUUAGAGUAAGAGUGAUGUUCCAAAAGUAAUCAAAAUGUGAGUAGGCUCAGAUUCUCCUUCAUACAGCUGCUUUGUUCUCAGCAUACUUCGUGUGCAUGGGUUCCCUAAGAGGCUAAAUUGCAUGCAGCCAUGACCAACGCUCUUUAUUAGUUUUGAAAGAUCAAACGCGGCCUGCAUGAACUUGUCAGCAGUUGUUGAAGUUGGAUGUAUUAUCAGAAUGCAAAAUGAUGAAGCCCAGAGGUUUAUGGACCUUAUUUUGCUCAAAAUUGACUAGUGCUGCCUACUUCCUCUAGUGCAUAGGUUUGGUUGGGCUUUCUUUUAUUUCUUCUUUGCAUCUACUUGAGGAUGUGAAGACCCAUCUCCUUAAAGAAGAAAUUAUCUUGUUGCUAUACUUCCUGCUGCGUCUGUUUGAAAGAGGUAGGGUGUCUCCACACUAAUCUUCCAUUCCAGCAGUUCACUGACAAAAUUAUCAUAAUGAAUUAGCUGUGGUGAAUCCUAAUUACCAGGAAGAAUGAUGGGUGUAUUUUGAGCUUUUUCUGGGGCUUGACACUAGAUCAGUUACGUAGACAGGAAUGUGCAAGCUCUGAAAAGCUCUGCAAAGAACAGUUUGUGCUAAACUGAAAAGCUAAAGGCACUGAGGGGAGGGAAGCUCAAACAGUGAAUAAUUCAAGGGGUAGAUGCUUAAUGUUCAGUGUAUAGGAAUAAAGGUUGCAGUGUAUUAAUAUAAUAUGCUAUGUUUGGUAAUACACCUGUCAAACACUUAUAAACGUAAUAAUCUUGACUUAAAAAGUACUGUAACUCUCUUAGAUGGUGAUCAAACAUCUUCAUUUUUGUGCAAAUAAAAUCAGUAAAUUUGGCACAAAUGAACAACACGAAGGGAGUAAAGUAUUUCAUGCAAGACAGGCUUUUAUUUACCUUAUUAUCUAUGACUCAUUCCAAGAUUAAUUGCAAAAUUUACCUUUGUGGUGGAGUCAUUUACUGCUGUGUGUGAACAGCAUUCUGUAUUAAUGGAAACACACAAGCGCGACCACACUGCUAACUUUUGUGUGCACUGAGUAAUAAUCACAAAAGACAACCGUCCCAGUGUUAAUGGGAAAGCAUGGAGAAUGAGUCCUGGAUCUGAACCGCUGUGGUUCUGCUUUCUCCUCGAGGUCGCCAAUUUGAUACGCAGGGCGUGAAUCAUCCAUGACAAGCGCUCAUCCAAUAAUGAAGCUGCUAUAAUUUAGACAGGCGUUCCAGUGCACCAUUAAAGCCUGCAUUCAAAAUGCAGAGUCAGAACCUUUGACCUUUGUAUACUUAAUUAAGCCACUAUAAAACUCAACUAUAAAAUAGAAUUUACAGUGACAGAAGACAUUUGACCUUCCGUGCAUACACAAGUGUGGGCUACUACUGAACCUCAGCAGAAGCAAUUUCAGUCUCUUGACAGCUCAAGGUUUUUGCCUUGUAUCUUCCACCCCAAUAUAAUGCUCUGCAAUGUGGCAUUCAUGGCAGAAACGAUCCAAUGAUACACUGUUUUAUUUGUUGGAACCACAUUUUAAGACUUUUAACACUUUAUUUUGAGAUUACCUUCGCCUUUCAAAAGGGAAUUGAUCGCUAGCUGUGAGUUCAUACGAAGGUUUCUGGAGAGGACUGUUAGCCUUCUAUUCAACAGUUUACAAUUCAUUUUCAUUUGUGAGUCCCUUUUCUAUGUUUAUAGUGGAUUCACAUUUAGCUGUUGAAAAAUAAAGGCACGCUCUGCUUCUUUGUUUUCUCUAUUCCUAGUACUAAAUUACGCAGCUCUUUCUAGGAAUUUUCCUAGCACAUUAUUAGGAAAUUAGACAUGCAAAAUAGAGAAUAACCAAUUCAGUUUCCAAUUAGAGAGCUCAGAAAAUAACUUCAACAACACACAGAGAUUUGUUUUUUUAUUGCUGUUUUUCAUUUGAUGUGCUUUUUUUUUUUCCAUCCGUGCAAGAAAAUGCUGUGUUACAUCAAGCACAGCAGGUGGCUGUAAAGAGCUUCAGUGUGUUUUCCACCAGCUGCUCUGAGGCCUGUGUAUUCUCUGUGUGUGGUGCAUAGAGAUGGUGGGACUGAGUUUGGUUGCUGCAGCUAGCAGUGCUGUGGCACUCGUUCAGGCAGGUAUUACAGGUCCUGGGGGGAAAAGCGGACUUUUCUUUUCCUGGAUCAGCAGGCCCAGAGGGACGGGACGCUCAAGCAAAGCAGAAAGCUGAUUGGCUACACAUACUUAACGUGUUUGUGUCUGUUUGGGCCUCUUUUUCCUUCCCUUCUAUCGAGGGAAGAGAUUUUCCUCUCAGCCUAAUCUCUGCAGUUGAGAAUCACGGGGGUGGAGAAUAAGCUUGGGAUGUUCACAACACCUGGGGACAAUUACUUUCCCAAAUAAUCUCCUGGUCAUAAUCUAACAAAUGCCCUAAAAGGCCUCAACGUGGCACAGACUUGGCUUAUUUGUGACAGAAAAUGUGCACAGCAACUCAGCCUUUUUAGUAGUCUGUGCUUUUUCAUGGUGUAUUUAAACCGAGGUAGACUGUGAACUCAACUACCAUGAGAUGCAGCGUGUAUCUGGGCCAUUAAUUCAGGGGAGGGUGUAUCAAACUGAUUUCCAAUUCUUGCAAGAUGCAUACGGCUAGACAUGUUUCUUCUUAUCCACCCAGAGAGGAGGAAUACAUUUCUGUGACAGAGGAAACACUGCAACUGAGAGAAAGCGAGAGAGAGAGUUAUUUUUGGUCAGUAAAUGAAUCCAGCUGAAUUGCAGCCUUGAACAUGAAUCAGAACAUUCUUGCCUGUUUCAAGUCACACCUUUUCAAAUGAAGCUCUUGUUGUGAAAGCCAAGUCAGUAAUUCCUGAGUUAUUAAAGUUUCAGUUCUUAAAAGUCCCCCAAUUCCGCCCCUAGGAGGUACAUUGUCGCACAGUGACAUGCAUAUGUUUGAUGUUUGUUUCUCUGGCAGCAAGCCUUUGACAGCACAAUAUUUCCUUCCCUAUUCCAAAUACACUCCCAUUUCUCUGAGGCAUGUCGGAACUCAUAUGAGGCCUCGGCGACAGAAAAAAAAUAACAUCCCUAUUCUAAUUUGGAGCUGUUUGUGUUCUUACUGCUCACUCUCCUGCUGACCCUGUUUUCACUCGCCUCUACACUGACAGGUUGUAGAUGGAAUAAUGAGGGUGUUGUGGACACGCUCAGAUCGAUGCGAUUGCAGUGUAAAUGACACACAACAGCCCCUAUCAGGGUUUAAGUGUAUACGCAGUCAUUAACCGACAGCCUGGACAUAAUAUAUAUAAAUAUACCAGGGAUACACUAUUGUCAAUAUAUGAGGUUUGCUUGUAUAUAAAGCUCUGCAAAUUGACAUGUUAUGUAAUUUGACGUCAAAAUAUAGCUGUAAUGUGUGCCAUAAUGUCUCUGUACAAACACACUGUAAUGGAGCCACGGAUAAUGCAGAUAUAAUUAUAGAUAAGCAAUGUUUGUUUUGAGAAGAAUGGUUGAUUGUAAUAAGCCCCCACAAUCACCGGGGGGGGGGGAACGGGACCACGCAUCCUUGAUAAUAGGUAGGGGAAAAUGUUAGAAUGGCAUAAAUAAUAAAUCAAAUUGCAUAACACCUGCUCUCUGUGACUAAUUAUGCUGUUGCAAAACAGUUGCAGUGACCAGCGUGUCACCAUGGAAAAAAGUAGAAAUGAUAAAGGAAUGCACAGACCUUGGCGUCUAGUUAUUAUAAGAGUCAUUCCUCACGGCGGGCACCUUUUGGACCCGGUGAUAUUUUCAGGUAUUCAUUUUCGAUCCUUUCAACAUAUUGUCAGUGGGUGGACAAGUUUAAUUAGUGGGAAAACGAGUUGGCGGAGGCCAGACGCUGAAAUGAUCUGAACUAUUAAGAAAAUCACAGAAAUUAACACGGACUUUUGCUCUGUUGUCUUCAAGUAUACAGCUGUCUUACGUGACUGUGGCAUUCUAGAUGAAAAUAUUACCUGUUGGUUCAUUAAAGUAACAACUUGUAUUGCA